CGGCGGCGGCUGCGGUGGCGGCCGCGGAGCGCGCGGGGUGGGGGCGCGGGGCGCGGCGCUCGGAGUCCGCUCGGGCCGGAGGCGGCUCGGAGCCGGGGGCGCAGCCCGGGAGCCGCGAGGAGUCGGGCAGCUCGGCGGAGCCCGCCGCCGGGACAUGGCCCAGGCGGGCCGUGCAGGUGGCCCCACUCCGGGCGGCAGUGCCCCCUGGCACCUUCGAAAUGUCCUCAGCGACUCCGUGGAGAGCUCGGAUGAUGAAUUCUUUGAUGCAAGAGAGGAGGUGGCUGAGGGGAAGAAUGCCAUCCUCAUCGGGAUGAGCCAGUGGAAUUCGAAUGACCUGGUGGAGCAGAUGGAGACCAUGGGCAAACUGGAGGAGCCUCAAGGAGAAGGGAGCGCGCCCUGCACAUCCAGCAUCCUGCAGGAGAAGCAGAGAGAGCUGUACCGGGUGUCCUUGAGAAGACAGAAGUUCCCGGCCCAAGGAAGCAUUGAGAUCCACGAAGACAGUGAGGAAGUCUUCUCACAGCGCUCCUGCAAGACGCAGGUCCUGCUGCUGGUGCUGCACGGGGGCAACGUCCUGGACACGGGCUCGGGGGACCCCUCCUGCAAGGUGGCCGACAUCCACACGUUCAGCUCCGUGCUGGAGAAGGUCACCCGCGCCCACUUCCCCGCGGCCCUGGGCCACAUCCUCAUCAAGUUUGUCCCCUGUCCUGCCAUCUGCUCCGAGGCCAUCUCGCUGGUCUCCAACCUGAAUCCCUGCAGCCAUGAUGAGGGCUGUCUCAGCAACAGCCAGGACCACGUCCCUCUGGCCGUGCUGCCCCUGUUGGCCAUCUCCUCCCCACAGUACCAGGAUGCGGUUGCCACCGUCAUUGAGCAAGCCAACCAGGUCUACGCAGAGUUCCUCAAGUCCCCGGAUGGCAUCGGCUUCAGUGGGCAGGUGUGUCUCAUCGGGGACUGUGUGGGGGGCCUCCUGGCCUUUGACGCCAUCUGCUACAGCGCGGGGCCCUCGGGCGACAGCCCUGGCAGCAGCAGCCGGAAGGGGAGCGUCAGCAGCACCCAGGACACCCCCGGGGUGGAGGAGGAGUGCAGUCUGGCCAGCAGCAAGCGGCUCAGCAAAAGCAGCAUUGACAUCUCCAGCGUGUUGGAGGAUGAGGAGCCCAAGAGGCCGUUGCCACGGAAACAGAGCGAUUCCUCCACCUAUGACUGCGAGGCCAUCACCCAGCAUCAUGCCUUCCUAUCAAGCAUCCACUCGAGCAUGCUGAAGGAUGAGGCCGAGCCCCGGGCGGUCAGCCUGGGCCGCCUGGACUUCGACGUGUCUGACUUCUUCCUCUUCGGCUCGCCCCUCGGCCUGGUCCUGGCCAUGCGGAGGACGGUGCUGCCCGCGCUGGACGGACUCCAGGUGCGUCCGGCCUGCAGCCAAGUCUACAGCUUCUUCCACUGCGCAGACCCCUCCGCCUCACGGCUCGAGCCGCUGCUGGAGCCCAAGUUCCACCUGGUGCCGCCCGUCAGCGUGCCCCGCUACCAGAGGUUCCCGCUGGGCGACGGACAGUCCCUCCUCCUCGCGGAUGCCCUGCACACCCACAGCUCCCUCUUCCUGGAGGGCGGCUCCCAGGGAAGCCCCCCGAUGGUGGACGCCCCCUCCUCGCCCCCUCCCGCCCCGAGGUCCCAGCGCCUGGGGCGGAGGAUGAGCCAGGACAGCUCGCACAGCGAGAGCUCCGCGUCCUCGGACAGCCUGGCACCCGUCGGCACCUCCUGCAUCACAGCCAAGUGGUGGGGUGCCAAGCGCAUCGACUACGCCCUGUACUGCCCUGACGUCCUCACCGCCUUCCCCACCGUGGCGCUGCCCCACCUCUUCCACGCCAGCUACUGGGAGUCCACGGACGUGGUGGCCUUCAUCCUGAGACAGGUGAUGCGCUAUGAGAGUGCGGCCGUCAAGGAGAGCGAUGGCUUGGACCCUGCCACCCUGAGCCCCACGAACCCCCGAGAGAAGUGGCUUCGGAAGCGGACCCAGGUCAAGCUGCGGAACGUCACUGCCAACCACCGGGCCAACGACGUCAUUGCCGCCGAAGACGGCCCCCAGGUCCUGGUGGGGCGGUUCAUGUACGGGCCCCUGGACAUGGUGGCUCUGACGGGAGAGAAGGUAGAUAUCCUGGUGAUGGCAGAGCCGUCCUCGGGCCGUUGGGUGCACCUGGACACGGAGAUCACCAACAGUAGCGGCCGGAUCACGUACAGCGUGCCGAGGCCCCGGCGCCUAGGGGUUGGCGUGUACCCCGUGAAGAUGGUGGUCAGGGGCGACCAGACCUGUGCGACGAGCUACCUCACGGUGCUGCCCCGAGGCAUGGAGUGCGUGGUCUUCAGCAUCGACGGGUCCUUUGCAGCCAGCGUGUCCAUCAUGGGAAGUGACCCCAAGGUCCGGCCGGGGGCAGUGGACGUUGUCCGGCACUGGCAAGACCUGGGCUACAUGAUCCUCUACAUCACGGGGCGGCCGGACAUGCAGAAGCAGCGGGUGGUUUCCUGGCUGUCCCAGCACAACUUCCCGCAGGGCAUGAUCUUCUUCUCCGACGGGCUGGUGCACGACCCGCUGCGGCAGAAGGCCAUCUUCCUCCGCAACCUCGUGCAGGAGUGCUUCAUCAAAAUCAGCGCUGCCUACGGCUCCACGAAGGACAUCUCCGUCUACAGCGUGCUGGGCCUGCCGCCCUCCCAGAUCUUCAUCGUGGGCCGGCCCACCAAGAAGUACCAAACCCAGUGCCAGUUCCUGAGCGAGGGCUACGCCGCCCACCUGGCCGCCCUGGAGACCAGCCACCGCGCGCGGCCCAAGAAGAACAACUCGCGGAUGGCGCUGCGCAAGGGCAGCUUCGGCCUCCAGCCCGACUUCCUCCGCAAGCGCAACCACCUGCGCCGCACCCUGUCCGUGCAGCAGCCGGACCCGCCCGCCAACCCCAAGCCCGAGCGCGCCCAGAGCCAGCCCGAGUCCGACAAGGACCACGAGCGGCCGCUGUCCGCGCUCAGCUGGGCGCGCGGGCCCCCCAAGUUCGAGCCGGUGCCCUGAGGGCGGGCUGUGCGCGGAGACGGGGGCCCUUGGCUGGCGGGCUGCCUGCGGGGGGGGAUGGGAGCGGCCGCCUUCUCCCGGACACAGGCCUUUUCCUGCUUUUUCCCUCCCGUGUCUGUCCAGUCGUGUCCGACCACAGGGGGAGGGAGGGGCCCUACCCGGCCUUGGGGGGCUCCCUAGGCUGCAAGUGGGUGAGGCAGCCGCUGCUGCCUCCCUGGUGCCUGUGGCUCCGGGCCCAGUUCGGGGUUGGUGUCUGUGUAACUGGCUGGGUGCAGGCCUGCCCGGAGCUGGUGUUGGACGGAGUCGACCAUCUUUCUGGGUUCUCUGGGCUUCGAGGUCGUGCAAGGCAGGUCCCGAGGGGAGAAGCCCCAGACCAGGGAUCCGCGGCCUCUUGGCUGUCCCGUGAGAGGCGAGUGAGUGGCAUUGGUGCCUGACAUUCCGAAUCACCAGGUUGGGCCUGGCUCUCCUGCGGCAAAGCGGCCACUUUCUGGGAGAGAGAGGGUGCGCCCUGGGCCAAGCUGUGUUCAGGUGUCUGUCCCCAGCCCUGGGGGAGGGGUCUGGUGCUGCCGGUCCGUCCUGCGGCUGUUCCAGUCCUGCCUUCUGUCCUCAGUGUCUUCAGCACCCUCCCAUGGCCCCAGAGGGCUCCUGUCUCUGGAGGCCCACCCGGUGCCGUCCCCCUGUGAGGCUGCGGCCUGGGGCUCUGGCCCCGCUGGGCUGGCUGUGAGCCCCUGAGCCAGCUACUGGCCCUCUCUGGGCCCUGCCUUCCUUAUGUAAUUGCGGGAUCUCCCCAGCUGAGAUCGAAUGGGGUUCAGUUUUGGCUCCUAGGCUGCCCCGCUUCUGCCCCGCGAGGCUUUCCAGGCCCAGAGGUCCUCCGAGGGCUUAGGGACCUAUGUUGUCCCCACAGUUGGAGAGCGGGACUCGGUGAGGGCAGGAGGGAGCAGCUAUUGCCCCACCACUUCAAAGACGGGGCUGGGGCAAGGGGUCCCAGCUU